UCAAUUCUCAUAUACAUUUCUUCGCUCUCACCGCUCUACUAUAUACUACGACUAAAUACUAAUACUACUCCCCGUGAAGUCACGUGCCCGUCCCGUCCCCGCACGUGCCGCGCCCCCUCGAACCGUGUGGAAGCCGCAGGGGUGGGCCCACCACCAGGCAUCUUAACUUGUGCCCCAGCAUAUCCUACCACGUGUCCCUCAGCUCAUGCCCACGUCGGCGAUGGCGGCAGCGGCAUACAUUCGGCCGAAGCGCGCGUCGGCCCCUCUUGAUGCCGCCGCGAGGGCCCGCCUUCGCGGCGACGAAGUGGCGAUGGGCGGGUACGACAGCAGCGGCAGCGAGCACGCGGCGCUCUCCGGCCUCAUCCACGCAUUCUUCGAGAGUGAGGCGGGCGGGGGUGACGCCGUCGACGGCGCUGCUGCGGCAUCCGUGGCGGCGGCGACCGCGGUCGAGGAUUCCGACGGCGGGGAGGAGUCCGACGCGGAGGACGGCGAUCGGGCCGUGAAGACGGCCGAGGAGGUGAGGGCGCUUCUGGGUGCCGCCGGCAAGGGCGAUUCCUUCCGGAUUCGGCUGACGGCCGACGUGUCGGCUGCGGUGGAAGCGCUGGCGGCAUUCCAGAGAAGCCGGUCGGCGUUCUGCCGCGCCGUGAUGGCCCGGCUGCGCGAGUGCGGCUACAAUGCCGGGCUCUGCAAGGCGCGGUGGGACGGGUCGAAGGGAAUCGCCGCCGGCAACUACGAGUACAUCGACGUCGUUGCCGCAGCUACGGCCGACGACGGCGUCGGGGGCAGAAGGUACAUAAUCGACGUCGGGUUCGCGGCGGAGUUCGAGCUGGCGCGGGCGACGGAGGAGUACGGGCGGGUGGCGGGGGCGCUGCCGGCGGUGGCGGUGGCGCGGCCGGAGGAGGUAAGGCGGGCGGUGAAGGCCGUGGCGAAGGCGGCGCGGCGGUCGCUGCAGAGCCGGGGGCUGAGCGUGCCGCCGUGGCGGAAGCGUCGGUUCAUGGCCGCCAAGUGGCUCGGCCCCUACCGCCGCACCACCAACCCCCUGCCGGCCUCCGCGGGAGCCGCUGCGGUCGCGGUCGCGGCCGCUGGCGGCGGCGACGUUGUUUGCCGCGCGGUCGGGUUUGCGGCUCCGCUGCCGCAGCCCGAGAGGCCCUGCUAUUAUUAUUAUUAGAUAGAAGAUAGAUAAAAAUGUGUAUGUAAAUUUUCUCGACUAUAUAGUCUACUAGCCAUUUUGAAAUAAGAUUCUUCAAUUUAUUUUUACUUAAUAAAUUAAAAAAAAUUAUAGCAUCUUAUUCCAAAUUGGCUUAUAGUUGAGAAAUAUAUAUAUUAUUAUCUUUUAUCUUUUAUUUAGAUACUAUAUUAUUAUUGUAACAUUUGAAUAGUAGAAACUAGAAGAUGGAUCGAAUAUGCGGCGGAGGGUCGGAACGAGAAGGUGUAGAGUAGUGGGGGAUUGAGUUGGUGAGCGGCGCAAGAUAGCGCGGAUGGUGUCACUGUGACGUGGCAUAUGGUGUACAGUGACUUGUGUCGCGUAAAGGUCCACACGGGAGGAGGAAUUAACAACAUGGGGCCGUUUUGUUGAUAAGACCAUGUUGGGUAUUGGAUUAUGAAAUUGAUUAUUUCCUUGUUUAUAUAUAUUUUUUAUUUUAUUUUUUUAA